GGUCGAUUAGAGAGAUAUCGAUAUUGUUAAAUUGAAAGACGUACAUAAGUUAACGUGUAGUUGUUAUCUUUACAAAGAAGAAUGGCUCGUUUUAGUUCAACUUGAGUGUCGGAAGUUUGAACAUUUUGUGGGAAGGACAGUACAAGAAAUAUAUUUAUGAAUAAACAAUCAUUUAGUUCUGCACUGUAGAGUUGGUUUUCGUUCUCGUCGGCCAGCUUCAGUUUCAUGUCAUAGUAUGAUUGACAACGCACCAUGUGAUACACAAAAGACCUUGGACCCUUCCAUCAAAGUCCUGUUGGAACAUGAAGACCCAAUAACCAAAGUGUUUAUACACGGUUUAAAAUACGACGUAGAUGAAAGCACAAAGCAAGCAUGUUUCUAUGUGGAAGAUAUUGAGGAAACGUCGGAAACGCUAGGUAGAAACGCGAGAAAACUUUUAUGGCAAUCGCAAAAGUGGAACGUUAUAUUGUACAAUGAACGUUUACUCCCGCCCUCCAAGAAGAAACCUGCAUACAAGCGAACGUUUAGAAGAAAACGAAAGGGACCAGAAACAUUAUUUGAAGUAACAGAAACCAUCACACUUGAUGUAACAGAAGACCAUACAGGAACGACACAUUUGCGAGAGUACAUAUGGAAACCGAAAAUUGUCAACACGGAGGAGAGUUUUAUACUUGUCACAUAUGCUGAUACAACCUCAACGAAGGAGAUGAACAUUUUACCGAACAAGUUAUCAACAUCUUACGUCAGCAACACGUCGCAUAUGGAUUUUGAAAUGACGUACGACGAAGGAGACGACUACAGUGAUGAAUUUGAGUAUGAGACGCCAACUGGAGCUUUAGCCAAAAUAACAUAUGUUAGUGAGAAAUUGGCUCAUAUACGCAAAUUGGAACACAUUGCUGAGGAAGAAAACAAUGACGAAGAGGAACAAGAAUAUUAUGAGAUGGAACCGGUGAAUAUAAAAAUGUCUUUUGAGCCUGCAGUCACGUGGGUAGAGCCUUAUGAUGGGAGAUACGGACUUUCAACAUCACAUUUUCAACUUUCCGAACGAUUUGGCGCCUCGUGUGAGAGUCGCUUGUUACGAGUAACGACCAGGGCGGGGUAUCUUUCCGACUUCUCUCAAUCAUUUUCCGAAGCUCGUAAAAUUAAAAGAUACCGUAACAAGAGUGAACAGAAGCAGCCGCAAUAUGAUGACCUACCUGAUGACGUAAUUGUUAUUGAUAAACUUGACAGAAUGAAAGCAAAUAAGAUACCAGAGGACGAUCAAAGUACUUCGGACGACGAAGGCUUCGAAGAAAUAGAGAUUGAAGAUACCAAAUCUAGAAAACCAAAUAUCAGAGAAAAAAAUGCAAUUUCACCGCAGCAAAAUGAAGGAAAGACAUCAAAACCAACCCUAAAAUCGGUUGCCGUAUCUAUCAACCCUUCAAACAAGCGUAAUGAAAAUACUGAAAAGUCAAGGGAUACCACUCUUGAUUGUCUGAAAAAGAAAAGAGAGCCUUUACCUGAAGAGUUUUCAGAGUUUGAGCAGUACCAUUGUCAAGGAAUAAUGUCAAGACGUGCUGCAACAAUCACAAUCGACUUAAAUGAGGAGAUAGUCAUUGAAAAACCAGCGGAUAGAACAAGAAAAACAGAUUAUGUACAUGAGAGUAAGACACCAGCUGUGCUUACCAUCUCAGCAACUUUAUAUGAACCGCAAGACAAUGUCAGUAGCAAGAGAGAUAUCACUUAUCAUGCAAAUACAAAAGAGUUAGUGGAUGAAGAAUGUAUUGACCCAAAAGAGUCAAUGGCUUCUCAAGUUGAAGAGGUGAAUUUUGACUCACUUUUAACGUCCUCAAUUGAAGAAGAAAAUGACGAAUUUAAAAGUACCAACAAAGGCGACGAUAUGCAUGCUGUCCAGCGUGGUAAUACUGAGAACAACAUGGAAAUGAAGCAUCUUGCAGAGUUAAAAACAUCCAUGUCCGCAAUUACAUCUCCAAAUCAGCCAAGAAUUUUGCGAUUGGAGGAUGAGAUUAUACACGAUAAAGAAAAUCGCCCAAAAAAUAAAAUAAAAGAAACUGUGGGUGUUCGUCCCGCUUUAAAACCUUUACAAAUUACACCGGUUCUUUUAAAUACUCCGGAAAGUAGAGAUAUGAGACCGCGUAAAGUAAACAAGGAGCUUAUCAUAGAAGACGACAUAUUUGUUUCUGUGAAGAGUGACGAAAGCAAGGUCGACAUACCUCCUAAGGAAAAAGUUGACAUUUUUGAUAAGAACGAAUCUCAUAAGAAGGGAGAGAAGGAUUUAAACCAUUUUAACGAAUUACUUUCCAAUAAAAUUAGUUCUGAUAGCCAAAAAGAAAUUGUAGAAUUAGAAGAAGAAAUCAUAAAAGAUAAGAAAUACAGACCGCAUCAAGUCAUCCAAUCAUCCGAAGCCAAGAUGGAAAUCUUGCCCCUUCAAAUCGAACCAGUAUCGUUACAAUCGUCCACAAAAUCUUCGCAAGUUCAAUUAACUCGUACAGAAAAAGAACUUGUGAAGGAGGAUGAUGCAACUGAAGAAAAAUUAGAACCGGGAGAACACAACGGGACCUUUGCGAAAAUUAUCACCGAGGAAGAUUUUCCAAUAUGCAACGAAGUUGAAGAAACUCUUGAUAGCGAUCACAAAGAACAUGGUGAAGAUUUAAAAGACCUUAAGACUUUGAUACCCAACGAAAUAAGGCGUGUUUCUGUUACAAAGUUUGAACCUGACGAAGAAGUCGUGCAUGAAAGACCAGAUCGAUCAAUUAAAAAAACAAUAGAUAAGCGUCCUGCUCCAACGAUACAACCAUUGACCCUGACACCGUUCGUUAAAACCAGUUCAAUACAAGUUUCUAGGUUACCUCGUGAACAGAAGGACCUUGUUGCGGAAAAUCAAGUUUUGGAAAACAAACUCACUCAGGAUAAAAAACCAAUCGAUGAUUUUAUUAAGCUUAAGGACGAUUAUAACAAUGAUCAGAAAGAAAAUAACGCAAAGUAUACUCGAUCUGACAGUGAUGAGGAGUUAAAUGAGUUUAAAACGUCUUUCAAUAAUGUACAGAACAUGGAUUUGCAACAAGUUGAAAUCGAUGAGGAAAUCACAAGAGAAAAGAUACAAAAACCAAGAAUUUCCAUCGCAAAAUCUCCUAACGUUGCUUCAAUUACACCAAUUUCCAUAACUCCAGUUGUCAUUAAGAAGGUAGCGAAGCCUUCAGCAGUCAAAUCACCUCGCAUUCAUAAAGAAUUUAUUAAUGAAAGUGAAAUCAUCGCAGAAGUGUCAAAACCAGAUGAACAAUAUAGUAAUAUUACCGACGACAUUUAUGAUCAGAAAGACAUUUUACUGAAUCAAGAAACAGCUGCCAUAAUUCAUGACUACACAAGUGAUAGCGAACUGUCUAAUUUCAAAGCUUCCUUACCGGGCGAAGACAUUAACAAACAUUCUACUGUGAAGCUAGAUGACGAAAUAACACAAGAAAAACCAAAAAUCACGACGAAAAACAUUGCAAGACCGUCUACGACAGCUAUACCUCUCCUUCUCCCUCUUCAUACUACACCUGUAGUUACAGCAGUAAAACAUGCUGUGGCAGGAUCGGAGGUAUCAGAAAUUAGACAGCUUCCGCGUGUCAAAAAGCUAGUAACUGACGAUGAAAAUAUUGAAGAGAAGAGGAAAGAAGAUAUUGUGACUCACUUUGAUGUUUGUGAUGUUGAUGAUGAAAAACUGACAAAAGAGAACACGUAUGACAGUACCAAUGAGAAUAGACCUUAUCUUGAAGAGGAUGAACCCGACAGUGAUAGCAUGCAUCAGGAUUUAGAAUCAACCGACAAGUCGCAUGUGUCAGCGGAGACACUGGAGAUUAUCAACAAAACUAAAAACAUUAAAUGUGUUUCCACCUUCAAUAAAGACUUGGAUGAAGGAGAAAGAAAUGAAUGUGAGGAUGAAAACAAGAGGAAUGUUACUACCACUGUUAUGCGCAUGCGUCCGAAAGAAUCAAAAGUAUCACACACAAUCUCCUUACAGGAAGCACACAAGGAAAGCUUGGAGGAAAUAGGUUCCGAGGAGGAGAGUGUCAAAGGGAAAAAGAAAUCUUUAAAAUCUCGCGCCAAAAAAAUGAUAUUCAAAUCUUUUAAACAUGACAAAUCAGAAAAAAAGUCUUUUGAUGAAUCAGGUGAAGUUGACGCGGCUGACAAAAAUAAAAAGAAAAAACACAAGUCUAAAUUUUCUCUUAACUUCAAGCCACAUUUUACAGACAAUAACGAAAAACAAAGCUCGCUUGACGAAUCUGCAGGCGAUGGCGAUAACGAACAAUCAAAAAAGAAAAAGUCGAAAGCAAAAUUCUCCUUUAAAACGAAACAAGACUCUGUUGACGGUACCAACAAAAAGAAUUCGAUAUUUCAUACUUCAAAGGGUAGCAAAGAUCAUUUAACUGAAAGUAGCGGCGAAAAGAAGAUAAAGUAUACACGGAGCGAAACGCAGCCUGUUUUAUUAAAACAAACAAAUUUCCAACAACAGAAAAUUGAUAUAAACAUUGACAAUAAAAUGGAUGGUCACACUCACUUUUUUAAACGCAAAGUGACGAGAUCACACAGUUUUGAUUCGAUACUUGACACGGAAUCAACUAAUAAGUUACGUGAUUCAGAACUGAACGAGCGAAGAAGACGAUUGGCAGGAUAUAGUUACGUAAGUAAUAUAAACAUUCCAAAUGAAUCGGAGAUCGUAAAAGGUCGUGAAUAUACAAUCGAAGCAUGCGCGAAAGAAACCGAAAAAGAAAUCAACCGCGUGCGACAUUAUCGUAAAAAAAGCAGAAGCAAUUCGUCCUCAUCGAAAAUGAGUAUGCAUAUAUCCGUUGAAGUGCUCGACAAACUUAAUCAGCCUGUAGGACAUGUUAAAAUACCGGAAGUUUUUCUCGGGAAGCAUUCAAAUGGAUCGCUAGUUGCAAAUCAAGGUUCAGUGGGGCGUAUUAAGAUUCCACAAGCCUUUUCAGUGGAAGAUAUGAGUAAUAUUACUAUGAGUAACAAAAAUUUAAAAUUAGCAAAAACAGAAGAAAUGCUUAUAUAACUUUUUUUUAACGAUUUUAGUUAGUACAACUUUGUGCGGAAUCCUCUAGAUGUACAAUGUUGAUAAUCAAUGUGUUUUUUUUUAAAAAAAACAACAGCGAAAGGAUUUCUUUACACACAAAAGAGCGGGAAAAUUGUGCUUUAAAAAAAAUAUUUAUGUAUAAAAUAUAUGUAUGUUUGUAUAUAUGUAUUGUCUGACUUGGAUGCCUGUUUUUUGAUUUUUUUUUUGAUCAUUUUUUUACUUCUUAGAUUCAAUAUUUAGUGGUCCGUUCUUUCUAUACGCAGGUCGUGUGGGAAGAUAAAGAGGUGACCUAAAAUAGUUUGGUUGAGUAGAGCUAACAAAACUCUCUAUGCUUCGUUUUCAUGCAUCAAUUUCAGAUUUAAAUUUUUUGCUACCAAUUCGAGUUUUCUGAUGUUCUGUUUCUAAAACGUUGUAAUGGACAUCGUUUUUGCAAAUCUUCUUAAAUGUUUCGUUUCUAGCAGCAUCCUAAAGUUCUGAAUCUGCAAAUAUGAUUGGUUGAAUUUUUUGAUCAAUUUCUUUAUAUAUAAAGUUUAUAUAUCCUAACUUCCAAAUUGUUCAAAUUGAACACUUGUGUUUUUUGUAUGUGAGAAAUAUAAUUGAAGACAUUAA